CGUGAAAUCCCUCCUCCUCCGGCACCGUAACUUCCUGGAGACGGGCUUUAUUUUUAUUCAGAAAAAUGGCGGCUUUAGGCUCAGAUAAUAACUUCGAGAAAGCAGACACCGCGUCUGAAGCCCAGUCGAGCCGGGACAAUGAUUUUUGGGCUGGACAGGGUCCAGUGGUGCUGCGCGAUCCAGCGAUUAAACUGCUGAGUCCAGUUAGCGGUCUGGAGCCCCUGUCGUGGGCAGAAGAUCACAGACUGGCGGCCUCCAGCACGAACAACGUGUCUCUCCUGGAGCUGGUGUGUGACAUACACAGUCUCAGUCAAAAUCUGGUGCUGCAUCGCACUCACAUCCCCGUGCCGGACACCGCUUGCGAGCUCAAGGUGGGCCCAGAAAAGGAGGUGCAGACUGUUAAAGAAAACUUUGCAAAAAGUAAAGAUCCAGUUGUAGGCCAAAUGAUAAUGACAGACCGAGUCAUCCAUCCUCAAUGUGGACGCCUCCAUGGCGUGAAGUACACCAGCUGGUCACCACUAGGCUGCGACAAAUACGGCCGCUGUCUUCUUGCUUUCUUAACACUGGACAAUCGUCUCACAAUCCACAGCAGUCAUUUGCGUUUGCAAUGGAUGCCUCUCAUGGACCUUACAGAACUUUAUGGGGAAAUGUUAAAAUCCAGGAACUACUCUGCUCAGAGCGACGGCUCACCUCCGAGCUCCAUUAAAGACUUAGAUGAACUGCAACGGCGGUAUAGCAUGCAGACGCCAAUGCGCAUGGAGUGGUCGGGUCUGUGCAAUAAGCAGCAAGUUCAGACCGAUAACGCAUGUAAAGAUGUUAGCACUGUGCUUCUGGCUGUACUUAUGGAGAAUGGAGAUGUGGUGGUGUGGCAGUUCAGCUUGCCCCUGCUAGGAAAGGAUUCGGUGGUGUCUUGCAACACCAUUAAAUCUGGAGUGUCUUCGCCAAGCGUGCUCACCUGGUGGGAAUAUGAGCAUAGUGGGCGGAAAAUGAGCGGACUUAUCAUCGGCAGCUCAGUUGGACCUGUAAAGAUCCUUCCAGUCAACCUCAAGGCAGUGAAGGGUUAUUUCACCCUCAGGCAACCUGUGGUUUUGUGGCAGGAUAAGGACCAGAUACCCGUCCACAACAUCAAAUGCAUUACGCUCUUCCAUCCGCACCAGAAAUGCAACUGCAGCCUAGUGAUUGCUGCACGAGGUCCUUAUGUAUUCUGGUGCUUGUUGCUGAUCUCCAAAGCUGGUCUCAAUGUUCACAACUCCCAUGUCACAGGUCUUCAUUCCACCUCUAUCAUAUCCAUGACAGUCAGUCAUAACAACGGGACCAUUUAUACCUGCUCACUAGAUGGUAAGGUAAAGAAGCUCUGGGCUGUUUUCACGGAUGUUGCUGUCGAGUUUAAACAAGAAGAGAUCGUUCUGCCAGAGGGAGUUGCAGGUCGACGGAUACACGGCAUAUCCGUCAGUCCAAACGGUGCCUACUUGUCUCUCAUCACGAAUGAGGGCAUGAUCAAUGGGCUCCACCCCGUCAAUCGCACCUACCAGGUGCAGUUUAUCACCCUUAAGACUCCGGAUGAAGCAGGCGCUGAGCUGCUCGAGUCUCAGAUGCACAAUCUCUUCAGAAAGACCGACUUGCUGGACUUGCUUCGAUGGCGGAUACUGAAGGACAAAAGCAUCCCUUCUGUCCUCCAGAACAAUCUAGACGAAAAGCUCCAAGUCCAAACCUCAGGGUCCACCUAUUUAUGGCGUUUGAAGCUUUUCCUCCUCAGAGCGCUCUACAAGUCCAUGCAGAAAAGCCCUUCGGAGACCCUGUGGCGGCCCACCCAUAGGGAUAGUAAAGUGUUUGUUGUGGAUGAGGAUGCAGGUGGAGGGGAUGAAGGCGAGAUGGCGGAGAUCUCUGCUUUAGAGGAGCACAGGCAGGGGGAUGCCGAAAGGCAGUCCAGUGAGGAACAAAUGAGGGAAAUCGGCAGCAGGAUCGAAGAGGUGGAGUCCCAACUGAUUCGUGAGAACAUGAAGAAGGUGCUGGGCGAGGUAUACCUGCACACCUGUGUCACUCAGAACACAUGUAUACCUACCAAAGGUGUGUGUGACUUCCUCACAAAUGACCCUGCAAAUGAAGACCGUGCGGCUAAGGUGCUGAUAGGUCAUAUCAUGAAUAAGAUGAACAAACAGACAUUUCCAGAGCACUGCAGCCUCUGUAAAGAAGUUCUGCCUUUCACGGACUGCAAACGGGCAGAGUGUAAAAAUGGGCACAGGUGGCUAAGGUGUGCGCUGUCAUAUCAGGCCUGUCAGGGUGUGACAUACCGCCGCUGUCUAUUGCAGGACAGUAUUGCCUCAGUAGCAGAGCCCGAGGAUUCAGACUGGAUCAAGAAAAUACUCCAAGGUCCCUGCAUCUUUUGUGACUCCCCUUUCUACUAAAGCAGUGACACACACAAAAAACAAAACAAAAAACAGCUGAGUACUGGAUUCCUUUCGUGGACUACAUCCCACAUAAAUGACUAAAAUGCCUUUUUUUUACUUGAAAGAGAAAGUCUAUAAAAAAAGUCACUAAUUAUUUUGUAAUAUAAAACAUUUUCAUAUUAACAGAUCUUUAUUUUAAAGCCAAGCUUUAACUAAAAAGAGAUGUUUAAUUUUGUGACUAUGUGUUAAUAAAUUAUUCUAUUGUAGAUAUUUGCUGCAUAUUUUUAAUUUGUUAAUAUUAUGCUGCACUGACAUCCUACUUUGGCAUUAAAAAUGCAUGCUCUUCUUGUGGCUCUUCUGAUUUUAAUUGGUUUAAAUAAAUCCAUUUCCUAAUUGGCGUUUGGAACAUUUCUAUGUAUCCGCAAACACCAUUUCCCCCAUCUCCAAAUAAUGACUUUUCCUUGGCCUGAAGGAAGAGAAGACGACUGUACAAGGAAAUGAAAACAAGGAGACCGGGAGAAAACUGUUUCAAAACUGAUCCAGCCCCUCAAAAGGGCCGAACUCUAAUGAGAUACAACAGUAAUGAGGAAUGGAUCCCAGCCGAAUAUGUGAUACCCAUUUUAAUUAAGAUAGCGAGCUUGAGUGCAUAUUGUUAAAUAAAGUUAGCCCCUUUUUUUUGUGGGUCGCAGGGAAGACCCAUGCAUACCCAUGGGGUCAAUGGUGAUCAAAGAUGGACUUGGGCUAGUCGGACCCUCAGAAUGCUCUCCGCCAUGUCCGUUCUUAUCAACAGUACAUCUUGUCGCCUUGCCCUGCGAUCUCUCUAGUGUCACUGAAGAUGAUAGCUCGCCUCAGGGCUAUAGUCGGCAGCCCUGUCUUAGGUUUCGGAUGGUAUCCCGAGAUAAAGAUGGCCUGAUAAUUACGCACAAUUCCACUCCCCAUCUCUCAUUCGGUAUCACCGAAAGCAUUCGGUACUGUCAGAGGCCUUAAACGUAAAGUAAUCACAGUGUUUAUUUAGUUGUUCUAGGUUUUAUUAUUCAUAGAGAGGGGCUCCUUCAUUACGAUGCGUUCUGAAAUGUUGCCAUAUAAUUACAAUUGGUAAUGCAACAUGUAAGGAGUGUUUGAUUAUGAGGUAAUAACGUGCAUCAUGUAUUAAUCAAAGAGCGACUAGAACACAAAGGCAGUGCUCAGAACCUCAAAUGCCGUCUGCUGCAUGUCACGGCAAAUUUGUUCACUGACAUAUUGCGAGAAGCAUCUAAUAACAUGAAUUUGAAAGUUGUUUUUAAAUGAUGUACUAGGCAAAUGAAGAUAUAUUUGGAUUUCAAUUGUACACAUAAUAUACAGUGCAUAUUAAUAGUCACAGGUGCUAAAUGUCACAGAUUAGAUUAUAACUGCAAACGUGAUUGAAAUUCCAAUUCCCCCGUGCCGUGUAUUUUCUUUCCUAGAUAUUAGAUUGUCAAAUGGAUCUUGGCCUUUUGGUUUGAGUGCUAGCUUUGUUGAUAGGUGGAGACUUCUCCUGUUGAAGAGGUUAGCUCUGUUUGGCAGAACCUCCUACUUCUUUAAUAUAACGAUCUGUCAAAAAACAUUUCGACAAUAAUUACGCCCCCCUCCUCUUUCCUCUUUGUGUGUGCUCUGUCAAGACUUCAAAAGGAGGUUUCGUUCUUUUCUCUGUAUGAAAUAUUCAUAACUUCUGUGUUCGUGGCUUUGUGCUUUAAACAGAUAACAGACAGAUUUUUUAUAUUAUUUAAUCUCAUUUUCUUUUGUUUGUUAACAUAUUUUGAUAUACAUCACCUUUCGUUAAACACCUAAUUUGUUGAGCCCAAACAAAAUGCUAAAAGUCAUUCGCUCUUGCACUGAAGCUUUUAAUUUUGUGCUACAAUUUUUUUUUUUAAGUUUUAUUUAUGGACUCUUUUGUGCUUGAAGUUAUUCUUCUUUUACAACCAAAAAGUGUGUAAAUUUGAUUUGGCACAAAAGUUACUCUGUAUUUAAUGUACAGUAUUCCAGAGCUCUUUGUGUACAUAGUUAUAAUAAACUAGAUUUUUACAGUUCAA